CGUCCAAUGAUACGUUCUCGAGAAAUUUUAACUGUAUGAUGCACGGAGACUGCGCUACGGCGUGAGAUGCUGGAUGAUCAAUAGUGUCUGAACCAGAGCGGACUCGAGAAGUUACGCGUUGUUUGAUACGGCAUCAUGAAAACCGUAAUGCACACUUGUAUACCAGGUGCCGCCGAUCUUCCCUCUGGGGAAUCGAUCGAGGAGAUCGCCGAAUCUGUAGAUGAAUUACGAGAGAAGCUUGCCAAUAUGAAGAAGCUCAUGAAAGAGCGUAAGGGCACGACACUGGGCGAGAUUAGUGCCCAAAAAAGAAGAUCGAAUCCUAACAUGAUAGACGGCAAUCUCUUAUCCUGGAUUUUCGGAAUGGCCCUCAUGGGAAUUCUGCUCGUCAGCUCCUAUGCCUUUUACAAUCUUUAUCAUGCGGUGCUGAAAAAAUUUCCAUCUCAUCAUACGGAAUUAUAAAGAGAUUAUGCGAAAGCAAGACGCGAAUAUUGAAAAUUUCCAUAAAAGAUACAAUUGGUCUUGCUUAAUUUGACUGUUAAUUAAUUAUGUAGAAAAAAUUCUAAUGUCGCCAUGUGUUCUUCUCGCGACAAAUUCCUUGAUUGAUUUUUUUUUCAAUGCAAAUGUUGUCAAUGAAAAAUUAUAUCCAAAUAAUUAAUGAUUAAAAAUGAAAAAUUUAAAUAUUAUCAGUGUGAUAUGGGUUUUCAAUGAAACGAAUCGUCAAAAAGUUUAAGUUAAUAGUGUCGAAAAAA